UGAAGAGGAGAGGUAAAUAUUUGAUCUUCGCAAUGGAUUUCAGUCGUUUCUCUUCACCACCAAGAAUCAUACCUCACAAUGGGAAACCUCCUCGCAUCUCCCGCUCCCCCUACUCUAACUGAGAAGAACCUCUCGAGUCAAGCCGGCAAGGUGUUCGUCGUCACCGGUUCAACGAGCGGCAUUGGCUUCGAGCUCGCCCAGAUCCUCUACGCCGCCAAUGCAAAAGUCUGGAUCGUUGCGCGCUCCGCUUCGAAAGCCCAAGCUACCGUGGACCGCAUACGCACCGCACACCCCGACUCUCAAGGUCAAUUGGAGAUCCUGAUUGUCGAUUUCAACGACCUCACUAAGAUCAAGCCCGCCGCCGAGGAUUUUCUCCGCCGUGAAACCCGCCUCGAUGUUCUAUGGAACAACGCCGGCGUGAUGAUUCCGCCAAAGGGCACGAAGACAGCGCAGCAGUACGAGGCGCAGAUUGGCGUGAACGCGUUGGCACCGCAUCUGUUCACCAAACUGCUAGCGCCUGUUCUGUUGAAAACCGCGGAGGUUCAGGCGGCUGGAAACCCGAGAGUGGUCUGGGUUUCCUCGUCCGCGGCUGAGCGCUUCGCGCCGCAAGGUGGCGUCGACCUGGACGCACUGGGGAAAGAAAGUUCCUACUCGCAGUGGCAGAACUACGGCAUGAGCAAGGCCGCCAACAUCUUCCAGGCCGCGGAGUGUGCGAGGCGGUACGGCGAAGCGGGCAUCAUGAGUGUGGCUGCUGAUCCAGGCAACUUGAACACCGACCUGUACCAGAACAUGCCACGAUACCAACUUUUCCUGGUCAAGAGACUGGCUUUGAAGCCCGCGAUUUACGGUGCUUACACUGAAUUGUUUGCCGGCCUGUCAGGCCAGAUCACCGCGGCAAACAAUGGAGCGUGGGUGGUGCCGUGGGGUCAAGUAGCAAACCCACGCAAGGACAUCGAUGCUGAGCGAGACGGCAACGGAGUAGCGAAGCGUUUCUGGGAGUGGUGCGACGAGCAAGUGGCGAUGUAUGAAUAGCGGCGUGGUGAUGUGUACGUUUUUGAACAUUUA